AUGAAGCGAAGUCUGGUUCUUGCCCAUUACAGUGAGAAAGAGAGAAGGGAGCACGAGGAGGGGCUGCGCUGGAGAAAUUGCUGUUGGAAUGUCUCCUUAACCAAUGAAAGUGAGUGAGCUCUAAAGCCCCAUUUUGACAAGACUUGGAGUAGAAAAAUGAACAUCCACGUUUUGUGCGAGAUAGGUCUCUAAACAUCAGAGAAGAAAGUGGAACCUACAACAAAAAGUUGCAUUGUGGUGUGCUUUUAUUUUCUCUCUCAUACAAUUCAUUUUCCCUUUUCCCUCACCAAAGAAAAACAGGUCAGUCAGCAUUACAUACUCAGACCUCAUUUUUGGCUGCUUUAGGGUUUCUCCCCUCCCCCGGGAGUCCCCCCCCCCCAUUCAUUCAUUCAUUCAGUAAACCUUUGGGUUCCCCCAAGCCUACUUAUAACUUCACCUUGUGUGUAGAUGGUGCUACUUUGACUAUGUAAGGAAACUAAGAUCACUAUUAAUAUAUUCUUUAUUCAUUUGUUGCAAUUCUGUACUGUCUUUCUGCCAAGGCAUCCAAUUAAAAUUUAAAAUAUUAACGAAUGGUACAAAUAUUCUGAACAGAUAUUGUGAGGCUGACUUCAAGAGCUGAUGCCACCAGCUCCCUGGCCUGGAUUUCCUCACUUCUGCUUUCCUUCAAGACAUACAGGCCUUAAGUUGUUCCAGAGAAUAUGGGGCUGAUGGUUGAUGGAGCUGUUGAUGGUUUCUUCAGUUGGUGGUUAUAUGCUCCAUGCCAACAUUCUAUGUUAUGAUCUAGUCUCAUAAACUGAGGCAGAAAGGACAAAGGAUCAGAAAAAGUCUUGUGCUAUAUUCAGGCAUGCUCCAGAAUUACCUAGACUGCUCCAGGAUUGAAUGACUUGCACUGAAAUAGUUUAAGUGCAUUCAAGCAUGUGCAUGACAUUAACAUUGCCACACUCAUGUACAUACCCAAAUGAACUCAACAUGUUCAGGCAUGCAGCAAAGUGAUGUUGACAUGCUUUCUUUGCUUCUCCAAAGUAAGUACAGUUUUUUUAAAAAAAAAUCUGAUAAAUGACUGUGUGUUGAGUCUGCUCUUCAGAAUAGAGGCAUCUCAGGUUAAAUAUGUUAUGAAAUAAAACCAUUAAAUGAAGACACUUUUUUAAAAAAAUGCACAGCAUAUAUAUCUGAGGAACCAUGCAAUAUUAACUAAUAUUCACCUGGACCACGUGUCACAUUCAAGCACAGUUUAAAACAAACUAUGGGUUUUGUAAAAGAGUUCCUGGGGUGCCCCUCCUCUGCUUCUGCCAUGCCACAGACAAAGCAAUACAGAUUCUUGUUUGUCAGAAUGUACAUCAAUAUGAAUGCUCUUAUCUGUGCUGCAUUGAUUUGAUAGGAAGUACAUAUGAAUGUGCAUGCCUAUCUUUGUUCGGGUGCAACUAAUCAUAUGUAAAUUCCUUUUUUUUUAAAUGUAGUUACAGUUGGAUUGGGGUGCAUGUCCCAAGUGUGUUUCAGAUUUUCUGCAGAACUUCCAUAAUCUUUCAUAUGUUCAUAUAUAACAAGGAGGAUAUCUUGCUGUGGAGGUAACAUCUGUGCUUCUCUUUUUCUUUUUGCCCACCCCCAAACCUCAAAAAGGGAAGGAGAGAGAGAAAGCAGCUUCUCUAAAAAUGAAAGGUGCAUUUUAA